AUGAAGGCCUCUUUCUUCGCCGCCAUGGCCGCCAUGGCUACUUCGGUCAUUGCCGCCCCUGUCGCCAACCUUCCCGGCCUGGGCUCCAUCACCAAGAACCUGAACCUGAACAGCAUCACCAAGGACCUGCAGAUUGGUGACAUCACCCAGGAGCUCAACCUGAGCAAGCUGCCCGUCAUCAGCAGCCUCAAGGACCUGACCGAUGCUGCCGAGCAGCAGAAGGCCGGCGGCGUGCCCACCGGUUCCACUGGCCACCUCCUCCAGGACCUGGGCCCUGAGCUCAACAACAUCCUGGUUGUGACCGGCCCCAAGGUCGGCUCCCUCCUGAUCCAGCUGAGCCCCGAGGUGACCGCUCUCCUCACCAGCCUGGGUCUCCCCGGCCUCGGUGCCCCUCUGGGUGCCAUCGUUGCCUCCGCCAGCUCUCUGGGCGGUGUCGUCGCCGGCCUGGGCCCCCACGUCGACGGCCUGGUGACCGUCCUCGGUACUGAUGUCGGUGCUCUGCUGAUCGGUCUGUCCCCCGAGCUUGCUGGUCUCCUCUCCGGCCUUGGUCUCCCCGGUGUCGGCGUCCCCGUCGGCACUGUCGUCGCUACUCUCGGCACCAACCUGAAGCGUGACGGUGCCAGCACCGGCCGUAUCCUCGGUGGCCUCGCCCCCCAGGUCAAGGACACCCUCCUGGUUGUCGGCCCUGACGCCCAGCACCUCCUUGUCGAGCUCUCCCCCGAGGUUGCCGCCCUGGUCUCCGGUCUUGGCCUGGCCUCCGUCGGUGUUCCUCUCGGCACCGUCGUUGCCACCGCUGGCAACGGCGUCGGCAAGCUCAUCGAUGACCUUUCCACCCCCGUCGAGCAGCUCCUCCAGGUUACCGACACCGACGGCAGCCAGCUCCUCGUCAAGCUGUCCCCCGAGGUCGCUGCCCUGGUUGCUGGCCUUGGCCUCCCUGCCCCUGGCGUCUCGGUUGGCGCUGUCGUCGCCACCGUUGGCUCGAACCUGUAA